UCGCCCGCUGCGCUCACGUGUUCCUUGCCUUCCCUCCACACACACACACCCAUCUACAUGUGCCUAUCAUUCCAUCUGCUUGCUUCUUCUCUUCCCACACUUCAACGUCAUCCGCAAUCGCCAGAGUGCACUUCAUCGCACCCCCAUCUCUGCCACGGUCCGCAUGUAUGAGCUUGCUGCAGGGUCAAGCAGGCCGUCGUGUUGGUCGUGGCCGCCAGCGGCCCGCCACUCAUGCAGGCGGCGGAGAAAUGACGUUGGACCGUCCUCGAGCGCCUGAGUCCAAAAGCAACUGCAUGCGCUUUGGACAGCACGUACACAGCAACUGGCAGCGAGCUUGUCCGGAUCAAGGGUUUGCAUCUUCGGCAACAUGUGGAGCACCGUUCUCUACCUCGUAUCUUUGUUGCUUCGGAGACCGAACAAACGUGGAGGAGUACCGCCAGGGGACUGGGAGAGGAAGCAUGGGGCCGUCGAUGCGGCUAACCAAGCAAAAAGCCACACCCACGCACCGUCACUACACAUCACCACCUCUUUCUUGCGAACCCAACCAACCCAAACUGCGUCCUCGGUUCGUUUCGAAAGCAUCGGUGGUCCGUCCGCUCGCCUGCGCAUGUCCCCCCUCCCUCUUGCUAUCACUUUCGCAUCUUCCGUACCCCAAGCCGUUUGACUACUUCGCUCCGAGCACGUCGUCGCAUGCCAUGCACGCAUCUUCAUGCCAGAAUCCCACAGGCCUACAUACGCAAAACAGACGUUGCAAGUAUGCAGAUCCAUCCCGUCACGCACGACCUUGGUCUGCGCACCGAUCCUUCACGGGUAAAGCGCUUGAAGGAGGAGGAAGAAGAAGAAGAGACAAGAGUAGGAAGUGCGAAACGCGCCUGUGUACAACUGUAGACUCAAACCCACCCAAUCCGGACUUUAUCAUUGCUUCUUGGCAACCAAUGGCUUAUUUCAUCCACGUAUGA